GCAUCGAUAACAUCGAUGUUUUCAAAACAUCGAAACCAUCGAUGGUUCGUGAUCACCAUCGAUGUUUUCACUCGGUACGAACAAAUUGAUUUCUAGUUGGUGGUUUGGUGGACGUUGAUGGAUGACGAAGGCAAGAUGGAGAAUUACGUGAAAAGAGCGGAACCGACAGAGGAAGUGGAGACGGAGUCAGGACAAAAGCGUAAAAGGGAGCGAUCAGUGGUUUGGGACCACUUCAAAAAGAGCAACGACAAAGCGUACGGCAUUUUCAACUACUGUGGAAAACAUCUUAAGACAGCUGGCAAUACAUCAAACUUGCUGGACCAUCUUAAGCGUUUGCAUCCGAGUCGCAUGACCGCUGAUAAGGAACCAAUGCCUAAAACGAUGGCAAUUUUUUUGAACAAGGAGCCGUUCUAUGGCAGUGACUUAAAUAUAAAAAAGAGGCUGGAUAAAAAAGUGAUGAAUAUGCUUGCCAAAGACGUGCGUCCGUUUAGUUUCGUUGAUAACGAAGGAUUUGUCGAGCUCAUGCAAGAAGCGGUCCCGCGCUACAAGUUGCCGAGCAGAAUGUAUUUUCGCGAUGUGAUGCUUCCAACGGAAUAUGAACAGCUAAGCCUUAAGUUGCGUGCAGCUUUGGAGACCGUUAAGCAUGUUGGGCUGACAACCGAUCUUUCCAAACGCCCAAAACAUCGCAGACUCAAUAAGUUUAUUGUUGGCUAAGUGGGGUCUUCAGUCGAAGGUUGUCACCGUUACAACGGACAAUGAUACUACCAUGAAAAAAGCGUGCGAUAUAUUAGCAUUCAAGCAUUUACCCUGUUUGGCACACACAAUAAAUCUGCUUGCUCAGGACAUUUUAAAACUGGCAGCAGUAAAUGGUAUUAUCUCAAAAUGCAAACGAAUAGUAACUUACUUCAAGCAAAGCACAAUAGCCACAGCUAAUUUAAAAGAAGUCCAGAAUACAAAUCAGCUGCUUCUCUUAAUUCAGGAAGUAAGCACUAGGUGGAACAGUGUAUACGCAAUGAUCAAAAGAAUUUUACAAAUAAACGAAUAUGUUACAUUGACAUUGUUAAAAUUGCGAAAUGGCCCUUCACCGAUCACAACUGAAGAACUCGAGGUCUUGGAUGACCUGUCGAACUUGCUGUCACCUUUUCAGGAAGCGACUCUUUCGGUAUCGACUAACACAAAAGUUUCUGUGUCCCUUAUCAUUCCGGUCAUUGCCGAGAUUCAUCACAAAAUGAAUCAAUUAAAUGCACAGUUACGAACACAGGAAAGAAAAUAUAUAUAUGACCUUGUUAAGAAACGCUUAGUUUAAAGACUGGAUUCUUUUGAAACGCGCACAAUUCCUCGCAUCGCUACUCUCGUUGAUCCUCGCUUCAAAAAAGAUGGCUUUCUCAGACCUUCAAAUGCAGAUCAAGCAGCCAAAGCAUUGGAGCUGGAAUUGCUCUCAUUUAAGUCCACAACUCCACGGCGUCCACCAACACCACCAGAGCC